AUGAAUCCGCUGCUUUUCCACAUCACAGAUUACCGAGGCGCCACAGUGGAGGAUCUAGAUAUUCGCCCGGCAAUUUCAGUCAACCCCUCGACACCUCUUAAGAGAGCUUUUGAGGUGGCUUUCGAAAACGAGUUCACCUUUCUUCCAGUGAUACACGAGAAAAACAAAAGAUUGCUUGGCGUGGUGAAACUUCUGGAUCCGAAGCCUCUUGAGAAAACCAGCUCAUCAACUGAGCCACUCACAAUAGAAUUUAUGCAUUGGUUCAGUCAGAAAGCCAAAGAAAGAUAUGCCAAAGAGGACGAUAAGUCCAACUCUAAGACGCCAUUGAAUUCCAAAAUUCUCAGGCCAAAAGCGGCAGGAGGCAAGCACUAUCAAGUUCUUACCCCUUUGACCCCGCUAGAGGAACUAGGCAAAUUCUUCAACUCCGGGAACUAUUUUGCUAUUGUCACCAAUGGUGAGGGGAACUUGGUUUAUGGCGUAGUAACCCCAGAAGAUUUGGGCAAGUACGAACAUUCAAGACCCCGGUUGUGA